UGUUAAGUACCAUCACAACUCAUUCAUGUGGUUCUUCCGCUCGCCACUGCGAGUGUCUAACAGCUCAAGAAAAGAUGCAUGAAGCUGUCUCAACUUCUCAAUGACCUCUCAAGCAAAUCUACCGAAAUGUUAUUUUAAAUACAUCAUUUUAUGCGCAACAGUCUCUUACAUAUGCUAAAGUUAUUCAGUAAAGAAAUGAAUUUGUUGUCUACUAUUUGCUUCACUUGGUUUAUGGUUGUUUUCUGUAUUAGUGGGCUGUUUAUCAAUUUCUUGCAAUUAUUAGUGAUACCAUUAUAUUGGCUCAAGAGAGACUGGUAUCAUAAAAUUAUUCCUGGUCUUGCUUAUCUUAUUUAUUCUCAAUUUACUUGGUUGGGAGAAUGGUGGAGUAAAGUUGACUUUAAGCUUUAUGUAAGCAAUCUAGAUGAUAUUAAACAUUUUGGAAAAGAAAAUUCUCUUGUAAUCUCGAAUCACUAUAGCGAUGUUGAUUGGUUAACUGCAUGGAUAUUUGCUGAGAGGGUUGGUCUCAUAGGGAGAACAAAAAUAAUAUCAAAAAGUGAAACUAAAUACCUUCCCAUUAUUGGUUGGUGCUUAUGGUUUUCUGAGUCUGGUUUCUUGAAAAGAAAUUGGCAAGAUGAUAAAUCAAACAUUAAUAAGUUGAUAAACAGUAUGAAAAGAAAUAGUAAUACCUUUUCAAUUUUUGUAAUGUGUGAAGGUACACGUCGAACUGAUGAAAAGCUGCUUGCAAGUCAAGAAUAUGCUGUGAAAAAUAAUUUCAUUCCUUUAAAACAUCAUCUAUUUCCACGAACUAAAGGUUUUUCGCUCCUUGCAGAAGCACUUCACAGUAAAGUUGCUGCAAUUUAUGAUUUGGAAUUUGCAUUUCCUGAUAUAGAAUCAGCAAACAUGCAAAAUGUUGUUAAUGGAGGAAAGAUUGAAGUUUUAAUGCAUUUCAGACGAAUACCUAUGAAUUUAGUACCAAAUUCGUUUGAUGGAUUAUCAAAUUUUAUUAUUGAGCAUUAUAAAAAGAAAGAUGAGAUAUAUGAUCACUUUGUUAAGAAUAAAACUUUUCCUGGACUUCGUGUUCCUCUUCCACGGAGAAAAUUAAAUUUGAUAUUUUUUUCUAUAUGGAACAUUUUUGUUUCUAUUUUUGCAUUACUGUGGCUUAAACACUGUGUUCAUCUUUAUGGUCAAGCAAUUGUCUCAACUAUUUUGUUCUUAUUUUUGUUUGGAGUAUAUUUAUUAUUUAAAACUAUGCAAAAUUACACUCGAACUAAUAAAGGAAGUAAGUUUGGAUUGAAAGAAAAUUAAAAGUGGAAGAAAUCGAGAUAUCAAAACUGAAAAAUUCUUUUAGCAUUAUAUUGAGAAAUGUUAAUUAAGUAAAAUUUUUCCAAAAAAUUUUGAAUAUAAAAUCGUUUUUCAUUUGCAACUAUUUAAUAGAUUUUGUAGUUUGUAUUUUUAUUAUUUUUAUAUUUACUUAUUCUUUGUUAAAUCCAGGUAUCACCUCGGUUUCCAGGUAUCACCUCGGGUAGUUAUUGUUUUUUGAUUAAUAAAUUUUUUUUUUCUUGAGCUUAUAUCUGUUUACGUACUGUUUCAAAAUAGACAUUUCACGUUUACGCACUGUUUCAAGAUAGACAUUUCAUGUUUACGCACUGUUUUAAAAUAGACACUUCAUGUUUACGCACUAUUUCAAGAUAUGUUAUUUAAAUAGUUCGUUGUAUUUUUAUUAAUAGGUUAUUGUACUUUUAGUAUUUUAAGUUCUAAAAGUAUUUGUGAAUAAAUUUUCAAUCUUUUUGUUUUAUAUAA